CUCCACAGUCUGUCAGUGUUUUUGAUCUCACACACUCCGUCUCCCUCCUCUUCGUCUACUCCAGCCUCAUGUUCACAUCACCGACAAGCCGGAGUUGAUUCCCUGUCUGCCCGACACUGAGAGCCCGCAGCCGGGGGCCGGCCGAGUCCACACAGCGCUGCCAGGAUGAAGUUUUGGGGACCAUGUUCGGUUGGAUUUUAUAUUUGUGCGGCCAUGCUUAUCAAAGGAUCCCUGCAGGGAGUGCACCAGAGGAAGCUGUACAAGGAGCUGCUGGCUAACUACAACCGGCUGGAGAGACCGGUGGUCAAUGACUCCGCCCCCAUCCUGGUGGAGCUGGGCCUCACACUGCUGCAGAUCAUAGACGUGGACGAGAAGAACCAAGUGCUGGUGACCAACGCCUGGCUGCAGCUGUAUUGGACAGACGUCUACCUGAGCUGGAAUCCAGAAAAAUACCCCGGAGUCCAGAACCUGCGCUUCCCUUCAGACCAGGUCUGGACCCCUGACAUCCUCCUUUACAACAGUGCCGAUGAGCGAUUUGAUGCCACCUUCCAUACCAACGUACUGGUGAAUGCGUCAGGCUACUGCCAGUACAUCCCCCCUGGCAUCCUUAAGAGCACCUGCUACAUCGAUGUGCGUUGGUUCCCCUUCGACGUCCAAAAGUGUGACCUCAAGUUUGGCUCCUGGACACACAAUGGCUGGCUGCUGGACCUCCAGAUGCUGGAUGUGGACACAUCCACAUACAUACCCAACGGGGAGUGGGACCUUGUGGGUGUUCCAGCCAAGCGCAAUGAGCUGUACUAUGAAUGCUGUAAGGAGCCCUACCCUGAUGUGACAUUCACAGUCACUAUGCGCCGCAGGACGUUGUAUUAUGGACUUAACUUGCUCAUCCCAUGUGUGCUGCUCUCUGGCUUGGCCAUGCUGGUCUUCCUGCUACCUGCAGACUCUGGAGAAAAGAUUUCUCUGGGCAUCACUGUGCUCCUUUCGCUAACUGUCUUCAUGCUUCUGGUAGCAGAGAUCAUGCCUGCAACGUCCGACUCUGUUCCUCUCAUCGCCCAGUACUUUGCCAGCACCAUGAUGAUAGUGGGGAUGUCUGUGGUGGUGACAGUUAUAGUCCUCCAGUUCCACCAUCAUGAUCCUCGAGGAGCCAAGAUGCCCAAGUGGGUUCGGGUGGUUCUGCUGAACUGGUGUGCCUGGUUUCUGCGUAUGAAACAACCCGGCGAUGAGCGUAAGCGGGCAGGUUACAAGCACAGUCCCACCUCCCAGCACCACUCCAGCACCAGCUCCAUAGAGAUGGGCACUUUACCAAACCUAAAUAUGCCCCUCUCAACGACAUCUUGCCCACCUUGUCCCACCGGCACCUCCAACGGUUCAAUGAGCCUCUACUUUGGCAAUUACCACUCCAUGGAGAGCCCACAAUGCCCACCUUCCAGCGACUCUGGGGUAGCACUAGGGGGCCGUGCCCAUGGCUCCCCUGGUGAUGAGGCCGAGUCAUCUGAAGGAGUUGGCAGUGGUGUUGGAGGCCUGGGGAUGGGAGUUGGACCCGGGAUGGGAGUCAGCAUCCCCCCUCCAGAGAUCCAGCGCAUCUUAGAUGAGGUGUCGUACAUAGCCCAGCGCUUUCGGGAACAGGACAAGGCCGAGGUCAUCUGUGGCGAGUGGAAGUUUGCAGCGGCGGUGGUGGACCGGCUGUGUCUGGUGGCUUUUUCUCUCUUCUCCAUCAUUUGCACCUUCACCAUCCUCAUGGCAGCACCCAAUUUCAUAGAGGCUGUUUCCAAGGACUUCACAUAGAAGGUUGAAGCAGCAGUGGAGAGUGGGAAGGCAGCAAAUAUUAGGGUUGAAGAAAAUAUUAAGAAAGAAAGGGGAAGGAUACAAUGAAGGGUGCAGUUUGUGGUCCCAUACCUACAGUCAAGGUACCCCAUUGGAAAGGAGCUGGGGCCAGGCAGUGUUUUAUGAUAACAUUUUUACUGAAGAAGCUCAAGAAAGUAAAAUUGACAAAAUCAGGAAACAAAAUAGUCAUGAUUGAUCAAUAAAUAAUCACAGAGAGUAAUCAUAAUGUUUUACUCGCACUUCUAAAUGAAGAAGAGAAGCAUAAUGCAUUGUCCCACACAGGUUGUUCAUAUGUAUAGAAUUAAAUAGGUGUUGCAUGCAGACUCAACAACAAACCUGGAGUGACUUGAGCUAAAAGGUUGGCAAUCACCGGGGCGGUAGGGGAGGACACUGUAUAGAUUUUCGUUUUUGAUAUUUCAAUGAGUGGAAGAUAAUGUUGCAAUAAUGUUGCACCCUGAAAACACUUAAUACCAUUAUUUUAUCUGCACUUAUUUUAAACAACUUCUUAAUUGACUGUACAGUGACUCAUUCAGCACCCCAGUCCUCCUCACUGCCUCUUCUCUUGUUUAUUUGUAUCUUUGUCCUGUAUGUACAAGAUCAUACACCAACUGUUCACCUUCAAAAGAGAAUCAGACUUUUUCUUAUGAAGUAUCAUCCCUGUAAUAAUAUUAGGUUAGAUAUUAAAACGAGAUGUUUCACUGUGAAUUUAAUUGUUAUUACGUUCACUUUGACAACAGAAAUCAACCUUAUUGCUUUUACACAAGUGUAAAGGCAUUUUCUUUAUACAUCAGAGUAGAACUGCAUAUUUAGGAUAACUUUGUCUCGCCUGUUUAAUUUAAGGCAAUAUAAUAUGUAACAUGAGAACAGUUUGGAACAGUGAUAUGAUACAAUAUUCAAUACAUUGUGUAAAAAAAGCACUGUGUGGACUGGUAUGUACUGGUGUUGACCAGUAAGACAACAGUAAAUCUUUUAGCAAAAUGGUCUUUAACUACACAGACAUCAAUCAUUUAACAAUAUAAAAGUGGUCAAGUAAAGUAGUAUUACUGCUGAAAAAAUACCCAUAUUCAUGUAUGUUGUUGGACUUCACUGUACAAAGUGUCAAUGAAGAUAAAGAGCAAUGUGACCUUCGAACCACUGACAACAGAGACAAUGGCUCUAUAGGAGGAGAAAACUUCAGAACCACAUCCACCACCAUAUCACUGGAGAAUAUACUGUAGAUUUGUAAAAGGCCCUAUAGUGUUUGUUCGUGUUUUGUAGAGGGAGCCGAGUGACUAAUUCACACAAAGUUGUUAACGUGUUUGGUACCACCUCUUUGUUAUAGGAACAUUCAUUGGUGUCUUUAUCUCUUUUACUGUCAUUACAAGUGUGAGUUUCUUUGCUCUCUAUAAUAAUAAAAGUAUAUUUAUUCUCUGUA